AUGAUUCCUAUAUCUCCUUUGUGUUUUGAUAUAAAGUAUCUGGAGAUCUUUAUAAUAGGAACUUAUAACUCGGGAUGUGUUCGGUAUCAGUUGAGAGUAUCAAGCAGAACUAUUUUUAAACUUAAAGAAAAUCCUUGUGAGUGGAAACUCAGUAACUUCACAAACAUUGAAAAUAAAAAUUCUGAUAAAACUGGUAGAGAACAACCAAUCGUUUGUAAAGCUGCGAUCACAUGGAAAGCUGGCAAAGGCUUCUCCAUUGAGACAGUGGAAGUAGCUGUGCCAAAAAAGGGAGAAGUCAGAGUGCAGGUGAAAUCCAGCGGCCUGUGUCACACCGAUGUCCACAUGAUGGAAGGGGUGGAGAAGGAUUGGCCCUUUCCCAGUGUCUUGGGACACGAAGGGGCGGGGAUUGUCGAGAGUAUAGGUGAAGGAGUAACUGACUUCGCACCAGGUGAUAUAGUCGUCUUUCUAUUUGAAGGAUAUUGCGGAAAUUGUGAUUAUUGCAAAGAUUCUCGCACUAAUAUGUGUCGUCAUCAACCGAGGAACCAGCUUCAGAGAGACGGAACAUCUCGGUUCUCUUGUAAGGGAAAGGAAAUCUCCCAACUGUUUAGCCUUGGAACUUUUUCAGAAUUCACAGUUGUGUCCGUGUGCAAUAUUACAAAAGUGAAUCCAAAAGCCAAUCCAAAUACUUUGUGUUUGGUCGGCUGCUGCAUCCCCACUGGCUACGGGGCAGUCAUCAAUGCUGGCAAGGUGCCCGCUGGUGCAACAUGCGCUGUUUGGGGUCUCGGGGGCGUGGGUUUGUGCGUCCUCAUGGGCUGCAGGGACAGUGGGGCAUCCAAGAUCAUCGGCGUCGACACCAAUUCCGAUAAGUUUUCAGUUGCUAAAGAAUUUGGAGCUACGGAAGUGCUGGAUCCGAAAGAAGUGGGAAACGUUCCGGAAAAAAUAGCUGAGAUGACCAAUGGAGGAGCUGAUUUUUGUUUCGCAUCCGUUGGAAACUCUGAGACAAUGGAAGAAGCUUUUAUGUCCAGCCAUCCUUACUGGGGCAAGACGAUUAUAAUAGGAUUGGGAAAGAUAGGAGAAAAAAUGAAAGCUGGAAUUUGGGAGCUCCUUUAUGGAAGAGUGCUCACAGGAACCUUCUACGGAUGUUUACAAAUUAGCCGUUGGACCCUGCAUUGA